AUGAUCACCGGCCUGCACCACAUCAACCUCACAGUGCCAGAGGGCACUCUAGACCAGGCAAACGCCUUCUACGCCUCGACACUCGGACUGACCCCCCGCCCGGUCCCCGCCGCCCAGGCCGGCCGCCUCGCCUGGUUCGACAUCAUCUCGGCCUCGUCCUCGUCCACGGCGCCGCCGCUCCAGCAGGUCCACAUAGCCUUUGGCAAGCCCCAGGACUUUGACCACCUCGAGUCCACGCGCCACCCCUGCUUCCGCGUCGGUAGUCCCGAGGAUCUCCUGCAGCUCCAGCAGCGGGUGUACGCCCACUUUGAGAGCGGCGCGCUGGGGGCCCCCAGGGCCGCAGACAAGCCGGGGGAGGACAACUCGGGCGCCAAGGGCGUCGAGUACCCUACCCGUUUCUUCGCCCGGGACUAUGCCGGCAACCGGCUCGAGUUCACGCUCUGA